AUGGAUCAAGAACAGGAGCUUCAGUUUGCUGGGUUCUUCAGCAUCUUGAAAAAAUCCUUCACCAUCAUAUUCUCAUGGAGAAAAAUCUUCAGCCAAAUUACCAUUUAUCUUGUUCUUCCGCUUUCUUUCGUCUUUCUUGCUCAUAUCCAACUCUCUCAGCUCCUUUUUUUCAAGAUUUUUCGCACCCAUCAUACCUUAUAUUUCUAUAACAUUGAACCCGGAACCGUUUAUGCGAAAUUUUCUCGUAUGAUCUCCUCCGAAUGGACCGCCUUUUGGCUUUUCAAAAUCGCAUAUUUCCUUUUCGUUCUUAUCUUUUCGCUUCUCUCCACUGCUGCAGUUGUUUAUACUGUUGCAUGCAUUUACACUUCGAAGCCGAUCACAUUCAAGAAAGUCACGAGCGUUGUUGCUAAAGUCUGGAAAAGACUAAUCGUCACUUUGUUAUGGAGUUUUGCUUUUGUUUUUGUUUACAAUAUAAUCGCAGGAGCAGUGUUCAUUGCCGCAUGUGUUGCCCUUUAUCGAGCUAACCGAAGCAUUGCAGUCGCGGUUCUUCUAGCUUUGUUGUUCUUAUACCUGGUAGGGUUACUGUAUAUUACCAUAGUUUGGCAUUUGGCUAGUGUGGUAUCUGUUUUGGAGGAGGUUUACGGGAUCAAAGCGCUGAUCAAAAGCAAGAACUUGAUAAAGGGCAAACUCUGGGUUGCAAUUGCUCUUUUUGUUUUGAUUGGAAUUUUCUUUUUCGGAAUCCAAAUGGUUUUCGAGAUAUUCGUGGUAUUUGGUUGGCCUGAAGAGGUCGGAAUGAGGAUUUUGAUUGGAAUAUUUUGCUUAUUGUUGAUGGUGAAGUUGAUUCUUGUUGUGCUCGUAAUCCAAACCGUGCUCUAUUUCGUAUGCAAAUCUUAUCAUCAUCAAAUUAUUGAUAAGUCUUCCUUAUCAGACCAUCUUGAGGCAUACACUGGGGAUUAUCUUCCUUUAAAGGCAUCCAAUGUUCAAAUGGAACAAGUUCAGCAAUAA